AUGACUGAUGAAAAGACAGAUCCACAGAGUCAACUUAAGUGUUUAUACGCUAGCUUAGAGAAAACAGUCUCUAAAUUUGAUCCUGAAAUGCAGGAAAAAAUGAAUAUUGCCGAGCAAAACUUCAUAGGGAAACUUAGACUUCGCUUAAAGGAUCUGGAUAGGGAAAACUGUGGUAUUGUUCUUACAGGUGAAGUUAGCGCCGGAAAAACAAUGUUAAUGAAUCUUCUUGUUGGAAAAAGAAUUAUGAAACCAGCUAACCAUCCAUCAACGAAAAAUGUUUACCGUAUCCAUAACAGAAAAGAAUUUAAGAUCACUUACUCGACAAUAGAAGGAGAAUUGAUUCAUCAAAAAAAUUACGAAACUGAAAAAGCUCUACUGAAAGAACUAAGAGACUACAAAGAGGAGAAAAAAUGCAUUGACAUCUUUCUUCCCUUACCAAGUUUAAAGGGAAACAUCGUUUUGAUUGACACCCCAGGUGUUGGCUACACUUCCGAAUACGAUAACAUCAUCAAGGCAGUCAUCCCGCAUGCUGUUGCAUUUGUUUUUGUGGCAAAUCUUGGAAGUGCUGGAGGUUUUCAAGAGGGAAGGCUGCUGAAGAUAAUCAACGACAUCGAGAAUCAGAUUGGACAAAUGCCUUGUUUUGACCAACACGAUGUUAUUUUCUUGAUGAAUAAAUAUGACCAAGUCGGUGAGCAUGAGAGGGAAGAAGUCAUGAAUAAUGCAGUAGAGAAUCUCCAUAAAGUCUGGCCAUAUGUAGCUUUUGCACAUGAAAAUAUGAUGUUUAUUAGUCUUAAAGAGGUGGUUUCGACUCAAACAUCAACUUCCAACCCCUACAACGUACUGAGCUCUGUCACAACCGUUCAGGUGAACUACACCAGUGCUAACACACCCAAUACCAGCGAAGCAGCACCCAACACCAGCGAA